CUUUGUUUUGACAAUUGACAUGAAUCAAGGUAAUGGGAUAAUUGUGCUGUUCGACAGUUACCGGAAAUUUCAUCGAUUUUCACAUCCAGUGCCUUUACCUCCAGUAGCAUCUAAUCAGGAGCCUAUAAGUAAAGAAGUGUUGAUAGCUUUCCAUUUGGCGGAAGGAAUAUACACUGUUGCUGCUAACACAACUAUGGCGCCCAUUGAACGAGUCCAUCUCCUGAUACAAAAUCAGAAUGAGUUGAUUAAAUCUGGUUUCUUAUCUACUCCUUACAAGGGCAUGGAGGACUGCUUUUAUAGAACACUCAAACAGGACGGGAUCAUUUCCCUGUGGCGAGGAAACAGUUUGAAUGUUUACAAAGCCAUUGCUACUCAGGCAUUGGCGCUUUCCAUCACUAUGAACUGUUGGCACAACGUGGGUGAUAACAAAAGUGACAAGUAUGGCAAUUUUAAGUUUGAAGCUGCAGUUUGUUGUGCGACUUUAUUUCAGUAUCCGUUAGAUUAUGCUCGUACUCGUCUUGCCAAUGAUGUGGAAGCUGCUGGAAGAGUUGAGUUUUCUUUGGACUCUGCUCCUAAAAAUUAA